GUAUUUACAAUUCCAAGUUCAAUACUUGUGUUUUGAACUUUGGCACAGCUUCGAUUAUCGGCUGAUUAGUCAUAAACCAAUGUGAUGCCUCAGGUUUUAGAUACAUCCCACUUCGCUUUAUCGAUCGAUAAAAGGGAAUUUGAUAAACUUCUUCGUCAUUAUCAAACUUACACUCAGGAAUUCAAGACACCACAGCGCAAGCUUUUGCAUCUCGAACCUGCAAUCUAUCCCACAACCUGCGGUCUAUCGAUUCGCAAGUUCAGCUGAAUACAUCUGCCCCGAGUCACAACGCUGAAUUCGUCAGCCAUUCAACUAACACAGGAAAGCCAUUCUUUUUGGCCAGCAGAGCCCCAAGUGGCCCCCAAACCAGCUCAGUAUGGCAUCGGCAGACAAUGCGAAUCCCACGAUCCUGAAUGUGUCCGAGAUAUCACGUCGAAGAGAAAAACGUAAGGUUCGAGAUUAUUCGGCCAAGAAACAUGGUAUACAGAGCAUCUUGAUGGCAAAACCCAGCGAUGCACUGGAUCCCUUUUAUAUGUCAGAUUUCUCAGAUGAAGACUCAGAUGAUUCUGGCUUAGAGCCAAUAGAUGAACAGGAAAUCUACGACUUGAUCGCACCAAUCUCUGACCCCGAGCACCCUCUUUCAUUAGAGUCUCUCGGAGUAGUUAAGCUCGAGGAUGUUCACCUUGCUUCGCCUCCUGAUCUCACAAACCCCGCAGCACUGUCUCGCGUACUGGUCGAAUUGACGCCAACGGUUUCACAUUGCUCCCUAGCAACUGUUAUUGGGCUUGGCGUCCGAGUACGUUUGGAACAAGCUCUUCCGCCAGGAUACCGAGUCGAGGUCAAGAUUAAAAAGGACACACACAGUCAGGCCGACGAAGUCAACAAACAACUGGCUGACAAGGAGCGUGUUGCGGCUGCCCUCGAGAAUGACAAUCUCAUGAAUUUGCUAAGGAAGAUGAUGAAAACCUGCCUUGAUGGCUGAUGAUAUCAUAACCACAGAAACGAGAUUCCUAUGAAACCGCUGUAGCCAGUGCAGGAAAUUCCUCGUUGCGAGGAUAAUCGAGAAGACCGUUGCCACAUACGAGACCACUUCCGCAAUACUCUGAUACUUUUUGAAGUCACGCAGAUCCGUCCCCAAUUGAUAAACUACGAACAUGAAGUAUCACAAGAAUCUAUACCCCA